ACCCACGUGCCACCGGCAACUCGCCAUAUCGCGAAUAACUGCAAUUGUUAAUAAAAACAUUGAAAUAUUCAUAAUUAGCAUGCUGUAAGACUCGACAUAAUGCCGACUUAUUUCCAACGACCCGAAAAUGCCCUUAAGAGGGCUAAUGAGUUCAUUGAUGUUGGAAAGAAGCAGCGAGCUCUGGACGCUCUAUACGAUGUCAUCAAGAGCAAGAAGCACCGGACUUGGCAGAAAAUCCAUGAACCUAUCAUGGAGAAAUACCUUGAGCUGUGUGUGGAGCUGCGGAAAUCACACAUUGCUAAAGAGGGGCUCUACCAGUACAAGAAUAUCUGUCAGCAGGUGAAUAUCAAGUCUCUUGAGGAUGUUGUAAGAAGGUACAUCCAUCUGGCAGAGUCAAAGACUGAAGAAGCUAGGCUGGAGUCUCACCAGGUGGUCAUAGAUGUGGAUGACCUUGAAAUGCCUGACACUCCAGAGAGCCUGUUGCUGAAGGCUGUGAGCGGUGAAGACACGCAGGACCGGACAGACCGGGCCAUUCUCACGCCGUGGGUCAAGUUCUUGUGGGAGUCAUACAGGCAGUGCCUCGAUCUCCUCCGUAAUAACUCUAAGGUCGAGAAACUCUACCAGGACAUUGCCCAACAAGCUUUCAAGUUCUGUCUGAAGUAUGCAAGAAAAACAGAGUUCAGAAAGCUUUGUGACAAUCUGCGUACCCACCUGGGUCAUGUGCACAAGCACCAGCACCAGCAGACUGCCAUCAACUUGAACAACCCCGAUUCCCAGGCCAUGCACCUUGAGACGCGCCUCGCUCAGCUUGACUCCGCUAUACAGAUGGAGCUCUGGCAGGAGGCCUUUAAGGCAGUUGAGGACAUUCAUGGCCUUAUCUCCCUGUCAAAGAAGAGCCCGCGCCCGUCACUGAUGGCAAACUACUACAGUAAGCUGGGUCUGGUCUUCUGGAAGUCUGGUAACACCCUGUUUCAUGCGGCUACACUCACCAAACUCUUCCAUCUCUCCAAGGAUCAGCGCAAGAACCUCUCACAGGAGGAACUACAGAAAAUGGCAUCCCGUGUCCUGUGUGCGACACUGGCUAUCCCGAUCCCAGCCGCCCGAAGUGCCAUUGACACCCUGCUUGAGAUGGGGGAGGAAACAGCCGAGAAACAGAGACGUCUGGCCGCUCUUCUGAUGCUUACCAGCCCACCCAAACGACAGGGACUGGUCAAUGACUUGGCUAAGCACAACCUGAUGCAGUAUGUGUACCCGGAACUGAAAUGCCUGUACAACAUCCUAGAGAUGGACUUCCACCCCCUUAAGCUGUAUGAGAAGGUUAAGCCCUGCAUGGACUACAUCACCUCCAACGAGGACCUGUGUCAAUAUGUGCCUGCCCUAGAGGACAUAAUUGUCACUCGGGUUCUUAAACAGGUUGCCCAGGUGUACCAGACCAUUCAGAUGUCGAGGUUCGCUGCCCUAGUUCCCUUUGCUACCAGCUUCCGUCUCGAGAGACUCAUUGUGAACGCAGCCAGGCAGCUAGAGCUGCAGGUUCGCAUUGACCAUCGGAACCACUCACUCAGUUUUGGCACUGACCUGGGAGUGUCUCAGAAGGAGGAGGUUCCUGAGGGCCCGUACAUCCAGCGCAUGCCAAGUGAGGUGAUCAGAAUGCAGCUGACGCACUUCGCCAUGGCUCUCAAGUACGCAGUGAAGACUAUACAGCCUAGAGACCAGAAUCAACUGCUGGCUCAGCUCCAGGUUCAGAAGGAGGAGCUCAAGUCUCAGAUUAUGAAUAACUACAAGCUCACGUCCAAGAAGGAGCACUCGAGAAUUCUGCAGAGACGUAUCACCAUUGAACAGCGCAAGGAACAGCUGGAACACAUGAAUGAUCAGAGGGAGAGAGAGGAGCAUGAGCAGCAGGAGUCGGUGAAGCGUAAGGCAUUCGAGGCAGAGAAGGUGCGGCUGGAGUCUGAGGCCAAGGAACGGGAGAGGCAGCGCCAACUUGAGGAACAGAGGAGUAUACAAAAGAAGCACGCUUUAGAGAGGAUUGAACAACUCAAAAAGUCUGAGCUUGGCGCGAGGGUCGUACAGAAUAUUGAUGAAGAGGACUUGGCUAAGAUGGAUGUGGACGAUAUCAUGGCUAAGCAAGUUGAACAGCUGGAGCGGGAAAAGAAAGAACUACAGGAGAGGCUCAGAAACCAGGAGAAAAAGGUUGACCAUCUUGCCCGAGCCAAGCGUUCGAAGGAAAUCCCUCUACUUGAGAAACAGUUUGACGAUGACGGGAUCCGUUCUCGAGAAUUUUGGGAACAACAGGAGGAAGACAGGAUAAAGAAACUGGAGGAGGAGCAUGAGCUCCAGAUCUCGACACGUGACCGUAUGACGAGGAUGAAGAAAGAUGCCAUGGACUUCCUGUCUCAACUGAAAGACCGCAGGAAGAAACAAUACAAGGAGAAGCAGUCGGCGUUUGACAAGAAGCUGGUUGAGGAGCGUCGUGCCCGCCUGGCAGCUAGGAAGGAACAGCGCAAGGAGGAAAGGAGGAAGAAAUGGUACAAGGAGAAGGAAGAAGCUGAACAGAAGGCACGGGAUGAGGCGUUGAUACGAGAACGUGAGGAGAAGGAGCGUGCGGAGGUUGAAAAGCGUGAACAAGAGGAGCGAGAGUAUGAGGAAAAGAUGGCACGUCUCCAGGAGAUAGAAGAGAAGAAAAGACAGCGUGAACGUGAGAUUGAGGAACGCAGGGCAGAGGAGAUAAAGAGGGAGGUUGAUACCAAGAGCCGGAGUGAUAGAGGCACGCCAGGCCGCGAUCGAGGUCCGGGAGAGGAGCAGCCCAACCAGCGCUGGAAGCCCACUGGUCAGACUAGCUGGCGGGAGAGGGAGCAGCAGAAACAUGAUAGCUGGAAGAAAGAUACAGCCAGCCCGUUAAAUUCUGAUGACAGGGAUGAAAUACCAGAUGUGCGUGGUCCACCAGAGAGGCGCGUAGAACCUCCUAGUGACCGGUUUGCCAGGCCAGGACCUGACCGGGAUGAUAGAGACAGUAUGCGUGGUGAUGAUCGUCGUGAUGAUGUGGGUUGGAGAAGAGGUCCGCCAAGUGACGACCGUGCUCCACCUACCCGUGAUUCCUGGAGGGACAAGGAGGCGGCAGCUUCCAGGGAUCGAAGGUUUGACAACAGAGACAUACGAUUGGAUAAGGAUGAGAUGAGCAGAAUGGAACGUGAGCGCAGUGAGAGGGACCAGUCCGGGCCGCCCAGGGACGCAGGAAGGAGAUGGGGUGCAGACAAGGAUGGGGAUAGGUGGCGCCGGGAUGAUGGGCCCCCCAGGAGAGAUGAUGGACCUCCUAUGAGAAGAGAUGAUGGGCCACCCAUGAGGAGAGAUGAUGGACCUAUGCGGAGAGAUGAUGGGCCCCCUUCAAGGAGAGAUGACGGACCACCUAUGAGGCGGGAUGCUGGUCGUGGGGACAGUUGGAGGGAGAGUGGAGGCGGAGUUGGAGGAGGAAGCAGCUGGCGUGACCGGGAGAGGGACAGGGGCGGUGAUCGUGGAGGUGAUCGUGGUGGCGAUCGUGGUGGGGACCGAGGUGGUGGAGGUGGAGCCUGGCGCCGUGGGGAAGACCGGGCACCCCGUGAUGAUGACCGGGGAGCGCGAGAUGACCGUAGACCGCCUCCGCCACGGGACGACAGAGAUGCAUGGAGGAAAGAAGCCACUUCUGUUUCAGAUGGCCCACCCAGAGAUAAACCCAGGGACAGACCUCCUCCCUCGCAAGAUGAGGAAUGGACAACUGUGAGGCGCUAAGGGGGAGUCCCACCUUUCAGUGGAAAAUAUCCAGCUGUUAAAUAAGGAUUAUGUUGUCACUUGGACUAGUGUUGCAUUUGUAUCCAAUUAUAGUGUUUUGUUUUUUUUCACAUUUAUUAAUAAUUAUGUUUAUAUAAUGUUUUCCAUCUGACAGGUGAAUUCAAACCCAAUCAUGAAUCAAAAAUGUGUGUUUCAAUAUUCAACGCCACAGAUAUGGGAGUUGAUGUUGUGCUGGCCAUUUGGCCGUUUGUCUGGAUGUAUGUCGUUCAAUUUGUCAGUUAAUAUCCCAAACUCAAUUUUUAUAAACUUUCACAGGAAUCAUUAAUAGCAUGCCUUUUGGGCGCCUUUUCGUCCGCAUGUUCUGCUCGGCUUAAAUUUUCAGAAAUCUUGCUCUUCAAUUCCUUACCUUCAGUGCACCUAAUGAUCAGUUCUUCCACACCGGAAUCUUAUUCAUUUGUCUUCUUUUGACUGCAUUUAAUGGUGUUUAUUCUAUAUAAAAACUUAGAAAUGCCUUCAUUGUGAAAUAAUAAUCACAGGAAUAAAAAUGUGUACAGGAA